AUGAGGCGUAUACCUGAUAUGAGGCAUAUAACUGAUUUGACGCAUAUACCUGAUAUGAGGCGUAUAUCGAUACUGCGCCUUUAUGCAGUUAUGUAUACUAUUGGCUAUUUAAAGACGGGACAUCAACAACUCCAUUCAUCUGCUGACAAAGGUUCUUGCGAAAAGAUCCUAAUAAGCUUAACCAUGAUGUCUUGUAAGCUGACACUUGUUUUGUGUGUACUGGCUGCCAUCGUUGCUGUAAAUGAUGGAUUGUCGCAUGGGUCAAUAAUCUCAGAUCUCAUCGAUUUCAAAGACGACCCUCUUCAAGAACAUGACAGUGCAGCCAAAGAUGAGAAAUUUGAUUCCAAGAAGAAGCGCUUUGUUGAUGGUGGUGCACUGAUUGCUCUUGGUGUAGCAGCAGGCACAAGUCUCAUAGGAACAACAACAAAUGCUCUUCUGUCGCAAACUGGCUACUCCGUAACGGUCGGGAUUGAAAUGGAAAACUAUUCAAAAUGGUUACUGUCGGACCCGCGUGCUAUAAACGAUGCGGGGCAAAUAUCUACCCCACCAACGGCAGUGAAACCUCGAACAAAGGAAACUAUGAUCGCUCACAAGACUAGCAAUGCAGCGAAGGGAACCUCUGGUGUCGUAUCAUGGAGAUUUGAAAAAGGAGGCAGCGCGUAUAGAAUACUAGUUAUGUGGUCUGUCCCCUACAGCCAAGAUUUCCAUAGCAACUGGCUAGGGCUUGGCAUCCGCCCCGAGGAAUCCACUGAUCCGACCUUCGAUGAUAUGUAUGACGGUACUGACACUACCUGGUUUGCUAGGAAGGACUUUUAUUACGACACCAACACGCUCAAGUUUUGCAGGUUUGAUGUAUGUGUGUCGGGUGCCAUGGGAACCAGUCAUAAGUCGAAAGUGCUUGUACGGUUCAUACCCCAGGACGUUGACGAUCUUGCCCCCGGUUUCAAGGAAAUGAUCAGUGGUUCAAAAUAAUGUAAACACAUCAAACACUAUUGCAUCUUUAGUUGUAGAACUCAGAAAUAAAUUAUGUAUCUAGUCAUACCGGUCUGUAUGACUAUAAAGCAUUCCAAUCUUCCUUAUUCUUUCUGUUGAGACAUUUAGCGCUAAAACAGCUUUUAAAAUAAAUUUUAAUAACUAACUAGUAUAUCGUAUGCUUUGUCUCAGAUAUACAUUAAAGGUGCAACAAUUAGUGUAGAGGGGCCAUUCAACGUUCAUGGGCCAGUGUCAAAAUAUAUCUAAACUUGGAUAUUUCACCA